UGAACAUAUUGCUAGUAGGGCGAUGGUCGCCUCCAGCCAUUAAGACAUGUCAUGCAAUUUUGGAUACUGAUGCAUGGUUGUGACAUUACUCCCCCUGUUGCUAUGAGGUAGAUCCUCUUUGACAGAACUCAUAUGGGACUGAAAUGUGUGUCUGGCUGGCCUUGAUGAACAGCACAUGACAAACUGCUUUGAAUGUUUACAUCACCUCUGAAGUAUCAAAAUCCUGUGUUCAAGGGCAAAGUGAGCACCACAGAAGGAAGUUGCAUUCUGAGGCACAGUAAGGGGACAAUAUUACAUCAUACAAUAAUGCAAUCCAGUUAUUCACUGUACCAACGUGUAGUCGUCUGACUCAGUCACAAGGGAACAUUAUAAGCUUCUCACUGGUAGUAAAUCUGUUUCAGGAUUGGAUUGCAUAGACAUGUACAGGGUGUUUAUCAUAAUGGGUCAACCCCCUUUACUUAUGAACUAAAAUUGUUUUAUUUUAUUAAGUACUUUCCAUUUUGGUACACAUUUAUAUAAGCUCAAGAAACUCAAGUCCUCUAUGUUUUGUGGUGUUAAAAGUUAAUACAUUUUAUUACAGUUAAAUAGAAAUUACAUUUUAGAGUAACUACCCUUACUUUAUUGUUUUUCUAAGCCUAAAUAAAUGUCUGCUGCUUUUAAUGAAUUUGUGUUUUAAGAUACUGUAAAUAUAAUAUAGUGCUCUUGUGAAUCACUGUAUAUUUAGGCAUUCAUAGUUGUAUGUGAUGACGGAAUAAAAGACUAAUCCCUCAUGUUGCAACCUCUUGUAGUGAGGCUUAAGACUGUUUUGAUCUUUCUGUUGAGUAACUAACUGCUCUGUCUGCAGGUCCACUCUAACACUCUUUCAGUCAGCUGUGAGAUAAGUCAGUCCACUCACUGCACAGAGACUGGAACAGACCUCUAAGGCACUGCAGAGAAGAAACAUGAAUGAUAACACCCAGGACGAUGAGGUGCUGAAGAAGAUUGAGAGGGAGGUGCGAAUGCGGGAGGGGGCCAGUAAGCUACUAGCUGCUUGUUCCAGAAGAGAGCAGGCCCUGGAGGCCUCUAAGAGCCUGCUAACCUGCAAUGCCCGCAUUCUGGCCUUGCUCAGCCAACUACAGAAGUUGAGGAAAGCUCAAAUCCUACAGAGAGUGGGACACAGGCCAUCUGAAGGUAUAGUGCCAUGUUUGGGAAAGUUAGCCCUUUCAGACCUGCGAAUCCCACUGAUGUGGAAAGACUCAGAGUACUUCAAAAAUAAAGGAGAGCUACAUUCCUGCGCUGUGUUCUGCCUGCUUCAGUGUGGCACAGAGAUCCAUGACACUGGUCUGGUGAUGGUAGACAGGACUUUAACAGACAUCUGUUUUGAAGACACAAUCAUAUUCAACGAGGUAGAUCCAGGGUUCCAACUUCGUGUUGAGUUGUACAGCAGUUGUGCGGUUGAGGAUUUCUCCCCAGGCGCUCUAGGACCCAGGAGAGUGAGCCGUCUGGGGGGCUCCCUGGGAUGCUCCUCGGGGAAAAAAAUCCGUGCUGCGUUUGACUCUGCAGCUGUUUGUGGAUCCAUUUCCAGUGGAGGAGAUGUACGACCUAGAAGUGUGUCACCGCCUUUAUCUCUUGAUCUGUCUGCACUGGGGCCUAAGUAUCAUCUGCUGGCUCACACAACACUGAUAAUUGAACACGUCCAGGAAGGUUUCAAGACGCAUGAUUUGUCACUAGCAGCAACAGAGGAUAGUCCAUUCUGGUUGCCUCUGUAUGGCAAUAUGUGCUGCCGCCUAGUUGCUCAGCCUCUGUGCAUGAUUCAGCCAGCCAUAAGUGGCCAACUCAAGGUUAAGCUUGGAGAGGACCUUAAUUGCUGGGAAAAUGUCUAUGGCAUCCUCAGGGGGCAAAGUCUCCUCUGCUAUCAGAGUCAAGAAGACCUGGAGUCUGAGGACAAGCCAUUACUUGUAAUCCCCAUCAAAAAGGAUACCCUUGUCUGUGUGUCAGAGAGAGAUCCUGUCCAUUGCCAGAGUAUAUACAUCAGUUCACAGCCUCAAGGAGAGGGUGUAACCUACACGCUGACCACACACACACCUGAAGACACGCAGCGCUUGACCGAGGCCCUCUGGCAACACAUCUAUAACUUGAGCCAGUGGAAGCAGUGUUGUGAUCACCUCACGAAGAUUGAAAUGCCGAGCUCCAGGAAACCCAUUACAGUGAAGCAGGGAUCUCUAUACCAUGAAAUAGUAACACCCUCCUCCCCGAGAGAGGGUUUUGUGGUUCCAGAUUUAUCUGUUGAGAUCCGCAUUUUGCUCUCUUCCUACUACAAGGAAAGUUAUUGAUGACCCUGCCACAGUUGCACUGGAGAGUUGAGGACCUGUCCUUAUUCUAUCCAUUUGUGGUUACCACGCCUGGUCAAGGAAACGAACAUGGACAUGAUAAAUGGCACUAUUUCAAAAACUGCAGAGAACACAUCCAAACUUACUGUUAAUAUCGGCUAUUUUUCAUUCUUCUACCUCUCCUCCAUGAAUCUUAGCUGUUUACCCAAGCAGCAAUAUUAGUAAAAACCUGAAAUCCCAACCCAAAACUGACUGGAUGGCCAUUUUAAAUGCAGACAUUGUACAUUCUGUGCAUUUAAAGAGAGACCAGCACAUCUAUCAAAUGGCCUCAAUUCAAUUAAAUUUUAUUUAUAUAGCGCCAAUUCAUAACUUUUCCUAUAUAGCAGGUCUAGACCGUACUCUUUAUAAUAUCAUUUACAGAGACCCAACAAAUCCCACCACGAGCAAGCA